AUGUACGUCGAUUGGGCAGUGAAUAUUGUACGGUGUAUCUCUGAGAAGAUAUGGCAGUGGAAUUCAGUGGAGGAGGAGGAGCUUGAGGGGAGGCAGGAGGAGAGACAAGAGAAGGAGGAGCAGCGCGAGGACAAGGAGGAAGGAGAGCUUGAGAAGGAGCACCAUGAGAAGGUAAGGGAGGAGGAAAUGGAAGAGGAGAAGGAGAAGAGGGUGAAGGGGAGGCAGAAGCGCGACAGGGAGAUGAAGGAACAUGAGGAGGAGCAGGAGGAGAAGGAGGAUGAGGCGGAGGACGUGUUUUGUAAGACUCGUUUGAUAAUUACUGAGCAUAACUUCUCAUAGAAGUCGUUGUAGCAUUUGACUGAACUUUUCAGAUAAAUGUAGGCGCAGGUAUCAACAUUGCAGUGAGCUAGAUUCUCCUAAAAAAUAAUCAGAACAGUGUUGUAUAUCAGUACCAAAUACUUAGUGCCAGGCAAGGCUCUUGAAUAUUAGCCCAGGAUCUUAAAAUUUCCACAAAUUCCCAUUCAAUUGCGCUUUUCGGUAUGGGCCUCUUCGUCAAAGGCAAUCGACAUAGACCCCGCUGCAAAUUUACCACAACAAAAACAGAACACAAAGUCGAUAGAUAGAAUCACUUUGCCUUAAAAUUCUGAUUUAAAAGUUACAAAGGCAGCUAAAUGAGGGGGAGGCGAAAUAGAAGGAGGUUGACUGGGAGUAGAUGUGUUGAAGUCUCUAAGCUUCGAAACUUCUGGCGUGUCAGUAUAUUAGGAAGUAAAUAAAUAGAAUUUCCCUUAUCGGAAUUCGUUUAAGAUGUGCAGGAGCAGGAGCAGAAAGAGGAGGAGGAGGACCUGUUUUGUAUGUCUCGUUUAAUAAUUACUGAGCAUUUCUUCUCAUUGAAGUCGUUGGAACAUUUGACUGAACUUAACAGAUAUGAGUAGGCGCGGGUAUCAACAUUGCAGUGUGUUAGAUUCUCCCGAAAUAAAGAAGAAGAAGAAGAUGUGCUGAAGUCUCCAAGCUUUGAAACUUCUGGGGUGUCAGUAUAUUAGGAAAUGAGUAAACCAGAGUUUCCCAGAGUCGUUUGGAUGUGCACAACCUCAAGCUUUGCUAGUCUUAGAAGAAUAUUCCCACUCCUAUAGACGCAAUCUACGCAGGGCAUGGUUUUGAAGUUAAUAUCGUCAAUGAUAUUUAACGGGUGCGGUAGGUGACACCGUCACCAUCGUCGCUAGCUUUUGCAUUUAGUCUGAGACAAACAAGCCACCUCUAAGCCCUCCACCACUUGAAGGAUAUAUGGGAGGCAGACGGAUCCGGCUCCAGUCGAUGGCUUCAAUAGCCUUAUAAGGUAUCCGACGCGACACAUAUUGAGACCUGGAAGGCUGAAGAAAUUGUCAUAAAGUAAAAGCAGGCCUAGUCAUCCCGUCCUAACACAAGCCACAUCACAGUAUUAAUUUUCUUGAUAUGCAUUUCUACGAAGGCAGCCCCGUAAUCUAGUUGGAAUGCGCACAUGCGGAAUAUGACAUUGGCAAUGGCCGUAUGCCACGAUAGACCCUGCGGUCCAUAUGACCUGCGAGUCACCGAAACGAUCACCACCACCACCACCACCACCACCACCACCACCACCACCACCACCACCACCACCACCACCACCACCACCACCACCACCACCACCAUCAAAAACAACGACGACAACAACAACACCAUCUCCACUUCUGCCUCUCUGAUAUACAGCAGUGCUUCUACUUCUUCCCACAACGGAUGAUCUGUUCGCAAUCCGCGUAUGUAUUUCAGAUGAUGUCGAGCUUCAAUGCGCGGAAGAGUGCUGGGAAUUUGUAGAGGAAUGCGUCAUAGACUCCACCGGUCUGUCGGACGAGAAAGUUGCAGAGGAACCCCCGCUGACAGCAGCAGUUCAGGGUAGGCAUUAUCUAUGUUACGUCAAACACCUUUUCUCUGCUAUUGCAUUGACAAGCAUUUGUAUCAUAUGAUGUGUAGUCAAUAAGAGCGUCCGCGGCUCACACACACACACACACCAUACUACCACGGAGGCUGUAGUUACCUGCUAGCCUAUUGGCCCUCUGUAACACGACCCAGUGUUAGUUGCGGGGAGAACGCUUCUUACUGAUAUGGAAAAGUUCAUCUACGGAGCCAGGCGUCGGCAAUGGCUUUACGCCACGCAGUCGACCCUAACCCCGAGUUAACAAAACUGCCGCCGCCGCUGCCACCAACAGUGCUACCACCAUCACAUCUACCUCCAUCCAAUACGCCAGUGUUUCUUCUCAUUGUCAUAUCUGACGAUAUAUCGUGUGUUCUGCUGCACCCAUCUGGCUUACAAUGUCACCUACCCGUACUCACUCACCAUACGCAUUUUAGAUGACUUUGAACUCAGCUGUGUCCAGACACGUUUGGAGUGUUCUGACGAGGGCAUCGAGGUUCAUGCCGCACAGUCGUACGUGGAGGCGGAACACAAAGCUGAGCUGACCACGGUCGAGGGUAGGCAUUAUCUGCAAAUCGUCAUUUGGCAUUUUUUCCGUUUUAUUACUUAGAGGCUUCCGUAUCAUAUGGUGAAAUUUGUCUCACCACAAAUGUACGAUGAGCUCUCUCACACGCAAUCUUACUGCUGUGGAUGUUGUAGAUGAUACGGAUUUGCUGUUUGCGUCGGAAGUCCGAAGGGAGGCGGAGGAUGCCUCUGUCAUCCUGUCAACCAGGACGUCAGCUCAGAUUGAGCACAAAUGGCGAAUGUCCGCGGCAAACGGUAGGUCAAUCUAUUCUCCACAUAUUAUCCUGGUGCAGUCACUGAGAGCAUUUUACCCACUGCAGACCAAAUUCCCUCCAUUGAACUCCCCUCAAUGAAAGUCCGCGCCAAUGACAGUUGUUUGACGAACUCGGCUCCAUGCGACUUUAAAUUAUAAAGUGCAGAUUGGUCAGAUUUGGAGACACUAAAAUGAUCCAAUGCAACUUACUCUUUUUCAUCAGAAAAUGGAAUGUGCAUGGUGUGCAUAGGUGGGCCCGGUGAUGUGUUCAUCAACUUGCAUUAUCUCACUCAUGGGUGUUGAAAGUCAGAUGUGUAUUUUUGGAAAACUGGAACCACUCUUCUAGGCUGAAUUCACCCCUGCGUGUACCAGUACAAAACAGAAGAGAGGCCGCUUCCCCAAUAUGGUUUAGCCUAAAAUUGGUACUGCAGUCUGGAUUAAUGCCUCCAGCGUCUCCAUUACAUGACGUCCAAGUAAAGGCAAUAAGCGCACCUUACGAGUGAACUGCAACCGAUUUGCCAUUUCACUACUUAACGCAACAACUAGGCUUCCAAUUUAAACAGCCUUUUGAAUUAAAUGCCCGAUGUUUCCUAGGUGACAACAACGCGGAGGCCAUCUUUCCGGUGGUCUUCAGCGACCCCCUCACCUGGCUGGCGGCCUGUGGGGACAAUCCAAUUUUAGUGCCCCCGAUGGAUUCAUCUGACGAAUUUGGUGAGUUGACAUUUUGA